CUUUCUUAUAAUUUCUCUAGGAGGAGGAAGGGAUACUUUUUUUUGUUAAAUAAAUUGUGGGUGGGAGACUGGGAGUUAUUCGUUUGUUAUAAGAAAAGAAGAUGUCGAACGUUUUUGCGCCCAGAUGUCAAAUUUGGGAUUCCAUAGGGUUUCUGUGCUUCCUUUGCUGACUAUCUAUUGGGAUUGGCACGUGGAGCAGUCUUAAGGAGUCAAUGCCUUUUACGCUUGGAUGAGCAGAAUCCGCUGAUGGGUUUAGGAUAGCGCAAUACAUUGCUGAAUGAUCUCAAGUAACUUUUUGAAACUUGAAUGAUAAAUUGAGUUGCAUUCAGAAGCUGGCCAUGAAUUUUGAAGUGGGAGAACUAUUUUUAAUCCAGGAAGAAUAUAAUUAAAAUCUUGGCGGACGUUUUUGUUUCAAGGAACAUUUAUAGGUUGUCAGAAGGCAAAUGACAGCAGUGUGCAAAACGUUGAUUUUUGUGGCUAGUUGGCAUAGCUAUGAAGGGGUUUACAGGGAAAUAAUAAUAAGAUUUUGUUUGCCACUGGCUCUAGGCUGAAUGGGAUUUGUUGAAGAUUAUCUCUUUUGUUUUGAUCUUCAUAACAGGUGGCAUUCAUUUAAGUUGUCCUAUGUGAAAGGGAUUUAGAGUCUCGCAGCUAAUUAAUUACUUCACUGAAAAUAACGGAAGUCAGCCGGGAACAUUCCAGAUCUCUGUGUUUGCUAUUCAUUUGAGUCAGAAAAUAAGAUCUACGAAUUUGGAUUCAUGGACCCCUGAGCAACUGAAAAUGAUGAGCUUUGGAGGAAAUAAUCGUGCACAGGUUUUCUUUAAGCAACAUGGUUGGACAGACGGUGGUAAAAUAGAGGCCAAGUAUACAUCUAGAGCUGCAGAGUUGUAUAGACAGAUUCUUUCAAAGGAAGUUGCUAAAAGCAUGGCCGAGGAGGCUGGUUUGCCAACAUCACCUCUUGCUUCUCAGCCUGCACAAAUUUCUAAAGGACCUCCCGAGGUUAGAACGAAGGAAGAACCAAACGAGAACACUGUACGGAAGCCAGAAAUGCCUGAAAGUUCUGCAUCACCUAGAGCUUCGCAUACAAUCUUUUCUUCUUCUGUAAAGAAGACUAUUGGUGCAAAAAAGCCAGGGAAGAGUGGGGGUCUUGGUGCCCGGAAACUUACUAAAAGGCCAAGUGAGUCUCUCUAUGAGCAGAAGCCGGAAGACCCACCUGCUCCAGUUUCUUCCUCAACAAAUAGCAGUUUGCUUGCUGGGCCACCCCUGACAUCUCGGUUUGAGUAUGCUGAUGAUGUCCAGUCUUCUGAUUCAAACUCUGGAGGGUCACAUCUAAUUAGUCAUGUGGCUCCACCAAAGUCAUCAAGCUUCUUUGCAGAUUUUGGAAUGGAUAGUGGUUUUCCAAAGAAUUACGGAUCAAAUUCCUCAAAAGUGCAAGUUGAAGAAUCUGAUGAAGCGAGAAGGAAGUUCUCAAAUGCUAAAUCUAUUUCUUCAGCCCAAUUUUUUGGGGAUCCGAGCAGAGGCACAGAUGUGGAUGCUCAAAUUACUUUGUCGAAAUUUUCAGGUUCAGCUGCCAUCUCCAGUGCUGAUCUUUUUGGCCACUCGGAUGACAAAUCCUCCAUUGAUCUUACUGCUAAUGACCUCUUAAAUCGACUGUCCUUCCAGGCUCAGCAGGAUAUAUCUAACAUUAAAAAUAUUGCUGGAGAGACUGGAAAGAAGCUCAGCUCCCUGGCCUCCAAUUUGUUGACGGAUCUUCAGGACAGAAUUCUGUAAUUCUGUAUGUUCUGUAUUCGACCAGAGAAAAUCUUUGGAGUCUGUAAACAAUACCAGCUAGUUAUGUUUGAAUGUAACAGAAGAGUUCAAUCUUUAAUUGUACAUUUUUUUGGGUAACAAGAGUAAGAUAUAACUUUCAGGCUUGUGGAAGGUCUGCUUUUUAUAUGUAGCACAGGUAUUUUUGAGUUGCCAAUAUGAUUAGAUUUUUUGUUA